UCCGGCUGCCAUCCGGACGCGCGUGCGCGACACGUUGACGCGUGCGCACUGGAGUCCAGCGUGGAGACCCGGCAGAGGGCCACCGGCCUCGGGCCCUGAGAGCGGGGCGGGGCGUCAGACAUCCCAGCGCGAAACGCCCGAGGAGGCGGGUACAGAGGCCAAGGGACGCGCCCAAGGUCACCCAGCCCGGAGCCCAAGCCCAGGAAUCGAGGGAGGAAGGUGGAAGCCAAGCGGUUAGUCCUCGGAGGCCCCUCAGCAGCAGCUGAGCAGGUGAGGGGGUCCUCAGACCCCCCCCCCAACACCCCUCCAGGAGCCCCAGUAGAAAGGCUCGGCCACCGGAGUUGUCGGAAACCCGGACGUGAAGCGGGUGCGGCUGUGGCAGGUGGAAACCUUUUCUCCAAGCGGGUGGGCAAGCCAGGGGCUCAUUGCAAACGGAUACACGUGCUCCGGAACCCAGGCAGCCGUGCACUCAGUGAUCUCAGGCGGCUCCGAUGCUGAAACACAGGAGCAUCAGGCCUGUGCUGCUGCUGGCUCAGCUGCCCAAGGCUCAGCACGGGCUCUCUCAGCUCAAGGCCUCCACCCUCCUGAAGACUCCUGGAGGCGAGGCCCUCCAUGUGAGGUGCCGGCUCUUGUCAAGGCAGGGCCCUGCAGAGACAGGCAGGCAGGGCCAGCCCCGGGGCCCUGGGCUGCGAACUAGGCUGCUGGUCACGGCCUUAUUUGGGGCGGGGCUGGGUGGGGCCUGGCUGGCCAUGAGGGCUGAGAAGGAGCGGCAGCAGCAGCGGCGGCGGACAGAGGCCCUGCGCCAGGCCUCCGUGGGCCAGGGAGACUUUAGCCUGCUGGACCACCGGGGCCAGGCUCGCUGCAAAGCCGACUUCCGAGGCCAGUGGGUGCUGCUGUACUUUGGCUUCACUCACUGCCCCGACAUCUGCCCUGACGAACUGGAGAAGCUGGUGCAGGUGGUGCGGCAGCUGGAGGCCCAGCCCGGCCUGCCCCCGGUGCAGCCUGUCUUCAUCACCGUGGACCCCGCGCGGGACGAUGUUGCUGCCAUGGCCCGCUACGUGCAGGACUUCCACCCGCGGCUGCUGGGCCUGACUGGCUCGGCGGAGCAGGUUGCCCAGGUCAGCCGCAGCUACCGUGUGUACUACAGUGCCGGCCCCAAGGACGCGGACCAGGACUACAUCGUGGACCACUCCAUCGCCAUCUACCUGCUCAACCCCGACGGCCUCUUCACAGACUACUAUGGCCGGGCCAGGUCGGCCGAGCAGAUUGCAGACAGUGUGCGGCGCCACAUGGCUGCCUUCCGCAGCGUCCUGCACUGACCUGGGUCAUUAAAGGGUGUGGUGGA